AUGGCGCAGAAGACCACACUCGCCAGAGGGAAAGUACAAACUGUAGCAGAUCUACUUCUCAAGUCUUCAGCUGACACGGCAAAGAAAUGUCGUAUCACGCUCAAAGAGGUGCAGACGAUCACAGACAUCGUUUGCGGCGAACUCGAGCAACCGCCACAACCACUAUCUGAAGCAAUAGGCAUCGGAGAAGGCGUCUUCACAACAGGAGAUGCAGCGGUAGAUGCCUGUUUAGGUGGCGGCAUUCGAACUGGCAUGUUAUGGGAGAUUUGUGGGGAGAACAAUGCGGGAAAGUCUCAACUGGCAAUGCAACUUGCUCUCAGUGUUCAACUUCCUGUUUCCCAGCACGGGCUGGAAGGCUCGGCCUACUAUAUCUGCAGCCGCGGACAGCUCCACACAGAACGAAUACACCAGAUUCUCCAGGACCACCCCGACCUCCCUUCCCGACUCUGCAGCUUGGACAGCAUCCAAACAGCCCUCUCCCGCGGAUACCUAGUACUCACGCGAAUUCUCAACGAGAUUCUCGCCCGACCCAUCACCGGGCCCUUGACGGCCAAACCGCCACGCCUGAUCGUCAUCGACACGUUCUCCGACUACUUCGACGCCACGAAAGACCCCCAGUACGAGAAUAACCCGGCGCUCCGUGCCCAGCACCUCCGCGCCAUCGCGCUACUCCUCCACCGCAUCGCCACCAAACACGCCCUCGCGUUGUCCUCCUAA